AAGGGGGGGGGUGCGUUGCGCGCGCAAAGCCCCGCGGAGCUGAGGGUCUUGUCCUCCGAGACAGACAUUCUGGACCCGGGCUGUCUCUGCGUUCUCUCGACCUGGGCUGGCCGGCUUGUCGAGGCUACUGAAUACAGUUGCUGUGCAGUCCAGUAGGCCCUCGUUGUUUAUCCUUCUGUAGCGUCUGCAUCUGCUGAUCCCAAACUCUCAGUCCUUCCCGCCCCUGCCCCCGCCCCACUGGGCACCCACAAGUCUGUUCUGUCUGUAAGUCCGCUUGUGUUUCAUAGCUCCCAGAGCCCUGCGUGUUCACCCAGGCCAGCGGUGGAAGGAGCCUCACCUGCCUGUCUCUUCUGAGUACCUGGGAUCAGAGGCCCAGAAGAAGCAGCAAAGAUGUCGAAUGAUCCACCCCCUCCUUAUCCUGGGGAUCCCACAGCCCCGCUUCUGGAGGAGAAAAGUGGCGCUCCGCCCACGCCAGGCCGCACCUCCCCAGCUGUGAUGCAGCCCCCACCGGGCAUGUCGCUGCCCCCUGCAGACAUUGGCCCCCCACCCUAUGAGCCGCCUGGUCACCCGAUGCCCCAGCCUGGCUUCAUCCCCCCACACGUGAACGCGGACGGCACCUACAUGCCUUCAGGUUUCUACCCUCCUCCGGGUCCCCAUCCACCCAUGGGCUACUACCCACCAGGGCCCUACCCGCCAGGGCCCUACGCUGGCCCUGGGGGCCACACGGCCACGGUCCUGGUCCCCUCGGGGGCUGCCACCACCGUGACCGUGCUGCAGGGAGAGAUCUUCGAGGGCGCGCCCGUGCAGACCGUGUGCCCCCACUGCCAGCAGGCCAUCACCACCAAGAUCUCCUAUGAGAUCGGCCUGAUGAACUUCGUGCUGGGCUUCUUCUGCUGCUUCAUGGGGUGUGACCUGGGCUGCUGCCUGAUCCCCUGCCUCAUCAACGACUUCAAGGAUGUGACGCAUACGUGCCCCAGCUGCAAGGCCUACAUCUACACGUACAAGCGCCUGUGCUGACGGGCUGGGCCUGGACUCCCCGCUGUCCGUCUGGCCCCCCGUGCUUCGCCCCCUGCACUCAGUGGCUCACCUCCCUGCUCCCACUGGGGGUUGGAAGCCGUUCCACUGGUCCGUCCCCUGGCAGUCUUGUCCUCUUCGCCUUGCCCUUCCCUGAGCAUCUGACUCUGGUGGCAAAAAUUCUGUUGGAUUUCAGGCCAAGGGCCAGCGAGUGGUGGGGGAUGGCGCUGAGCUUGCGUGCUGCUGCCAUGCUAGGCAUUUGUGAUCAAGAAGACGAGAGGGAGUGGUCUCCUCAUGUGGUCCUCCCUGCUGGGGUCUCUUCUCCAUUUCUGUACCAGGUACAGGUUUGGUCCAGAGUCUCCCUGGGACCAAAAGCAGCCAGAGCCGUGGCUGGUUCCCCAGACCGGGACCUGCAGUGGGGCCGAGCCCAUAGCCACUGUCAUUUCUGAUCUGCUGGGCUGAGAGUGGCGGAUGGACCCAGGCAGGCCUGAGUUUGUGGAUGCUAGAGGCAGGCACGACGGUCAGAAGCAAUGACUCUGGCCCUCAGAACUCAGGAAUUCUUAACUGUGCCCAGGAAUUACCUGGGGUAAAUGGAGGUCAGCACACCUGCAGGCUACGGGGUGAGGGACUGGACCCUAGCUUGCCAAGAAGCGUUUCUCCAUGGCCCCUGCCCAGCUCCCUUUCAGCCACACCCCAUGAAGCCCAGCCUUUGCUGGGGCCAGAAGGAAUGCCCAGGAGCCGGGCCAUCUGGCUAUACCGUGCCCUUGCAGCGUGUGGGCACAGCCUGCCUGGAGCAUCCCAGGUGGGACCAGAGAUGACAGAGCGGGGCUUCCUUGCGGGCACUCUGGGCUAUGCUGUGCACUCUCCACGGGCCCUCCUCCCGGUGCCCACAGGGCCCUGCACCCUGGCUGGUUCGCCGUCACUGCUCUUGCUCCAUCAGCAGGUGCUGCAGCAGGAGCAGCCGUGGCGCUGGACUGGGACAGGCUUGGGACAAGGAAGGAGCAGCCACAAGUGGCAGAGGUGUCCUGGUGGCCACCAGCCCCGCCCUGGGCCUGAGCACACACUGUUUCCUGAAGGGUUGUCUGUGAACUUGCUCCUGUGGACCGCUGUAUCCUGCCGCCCCCUCCUGGUCUUGCACAGCCACUGCAUGGCCUCCUGUCACUGUGAACCGUGGCCAGUCUCAGUUGAUAGUUCCUCAUUAAAUUGGCCCUUUCACUCCCCCA